UCUCCUCCUCCCUUCCUCCCUCCAGCCCUGCAAACUGCAAAGGCUUAAGAGUUUCUUUCUUCCUUCCUCUGUUCCUUUCAAUUCCAUCCUUAAUUUCACAAAUAUGUUGAGACCAUUGCCAUUAUUAGCCAGGCACCGCAGCCUUAUCGUCGCCAAUGGAAAGAAAUUUUAUUCUACGGGCGGCAGCGGCAGCGGCAGCGGCAGCAAUGGUGGUGGUGGUGACAGCGCUGGCCACAGCGACAGCAGCGGCAGCAGUGGAAGGAGAUUAGAGGGCAAAGUAGCCUUAAUUACGGGAGGUGCUAGCGGGCUUGGCAAGGCUACGGCUCACCACUUCAUCAAACAUGGAGCCCGAGUGAUCAUAGCAGAUGUAGACGCUAAGCUCGGCCUGCAAACCCAACGUGAGUUGGGUCCCCAAGCCCACUUUGUGCCCUGUGAUGUCACCCUCGAAUGUCAAGUCGCAGAAGCCGUCCAAACUGCGGUGGCUCGCCAUGGUAAACUGGACGUAAUGUACAACAACGCCGGAAUAACAGGGCACUCUAUUCCUCCCAGCAUCGCUGACCUUGAUCUCGAGGAGUUUGAUCGGGUGAUGCGAGUCAACGUUGGGGGUAUGAUUGCAGGGAUAAAGCAUGCGGCGCGAGUCAUGAUUCCAGCUGGCUCAGGAUCCAUUCUUUGCACCUCAAGUAUCAGUGGCCUUAUGGGUGGCCUUGGUCCACAUCCAUACGCAAUAUCCAAAUUCACCAUCCCCGGAAUUGUCAAGUCUGUGGCCAGCGAACUGUGCCGGCAUGGGGUCAGGAUCAACUGCAUCUCCCCUGCACCCAUUCCGACCAAAACGUCUAUCACCGCAAUAGCUCAUAUUUUUCCCGCCGCUACCACAGAGAAGGUGAUUGAUGUGAUUAAUGGACUCGGGGAGCUCAAGGGGGCCAAAUGUGAAGACAUUGAUGUGGCGAGGGCUGCAUUGUUCUUAGCCUCUGAUGAAGCCAAGUAUGUUACGGGACAUAACUUGGUUGUAGAUGGAGGUUUCACCUGCUUCAAGAAUCUCAGUUUCCCUUCUGAUCAAUUUCUGUGAACUUAGAAUUGUUUAACCAAAAUCCACCUCCGAAUGCAUUUAUAUAUCACAAUAAAAUUUAGUAAGGCCUAGGCCUAGAGAGUCGGUGAGUAUUACUAUAUAUGUAUGCCAAAAUUAAGUCCCAUGAAAGUC